UGUCUGAUUAGUUUAUGUUAUAACUUAAUGUACUUUUUAAAAUUUUAAUUGUUUAAUUAUAGUAAUUUAUUAUUUUGUAAAACUUUAAUAAAAAAAGUCUGUUUUUAUAUUUCAAUGUACUUAUGUAAUUAACAAAUAUAAUACUUAAAAUGUGUGGUUGACUUUAAACAAAUCAGUGGCUAUCGGUAUUUCAUGUAUAUAAUGUAAUAAAUAGUUUAUAAGAAUAUUACGUUCAUAAAAUAAAAUGUGAUCCUCUAAUAAAUUGUGUUCUUUAAUCAUUGAGCCUGUCGCUUUAAUAUUAGAAUGGACGAAAGAAAAAGAGGUAUGUAUGUAACUGCCCGGCAAAAGAAGAAGCUAAUUGAAUUCGUAGCGAAGCAUCCAGAAUUAAUAUCGUGCAAAGUGACUCAGGAGUUCAACUACAGGGACUCGCAAAAACUGUGGCAGACUAUUGCACACGAGUGUAACACAUUACCAGGACCUGGCGCGCGCAAAACCUGGAGACAGUGGAGAAAAACAUGGCAGGAUUUACGUUCGAAAACUAAAAGACAUGCAGAAAUCCAUGGCGAAGUUCCAUCAUCUGCAAUGAUGCUUACCCCAGCUGAACAAGAAGCGUUAGGUCUAAAAAAUGUAUCAUCAACAACCAAUUAUCAAGAGACAACAGAGUUUGUUCAGAUGGAUCAGGAUAAUUCAGUAGAUAACUAUAAAAAUGAAAUGGAAUCUGCUAUUUCUUAUAGUGAACCAGAAUCUCCACCUGAAGUUAAAGUGUUUACUCGUUCCACAGACAAUAAAAAUAAAACAAAGAGCUCAAAACGCACUUCUAAACAUUCAGAUAACUGUUUUUUAAACUGUGAUUUAUUGGCCACUUCAGAGCAAAGGAAAAUAGACUUAAAAGAAGACUAUUUAAAUUUCAAGAAGGACUAUUUAAGAGAAAAGUUGAAAUUAAUGAAAGAACAAACUGAAGCCCUAAAGAGUAUAGCUCGAGAAUUAACAAAGUGAUAUAUAGUGUUAAUAUUAGAAUUUAAAGUAUUUUAUAUAAGAAUUCACAUUCACAAUCAGUGCAAAACUUGCUAAUUUCUAUAUUUUGCUCCAAAAUAAGGGAUACCACUAUUUUAACAUAUGACAAAAAACUUGACUAACAUACAAAUUAGUGUGGAGAUGUUCAUAUGAUGAUACUUUUAUAACUUAUUGUAACUUAAGGAGAUCUAAAGAAAAUUAUAAGUUGUAAUCACAAUUUUUUAUAUUGUAAUAUUAUAAUACAAUACAAAAUAAUGAUUACGAACUUUUAAUAAAAUAUACAAAAUCUACAUUUGACUGUUUUAAUUUUAGAUGAUCCAACCAAAUCAAAAUUUGCAUUAGAGUUUGUUGAUUUCAAUUAAAUGAUAUAGGAAAUGAAACAAAACCGUUUGUAAAGCAAUAGGGUUAGCUAAAAUUACAUGUAGUGAUUCCGAAAUAAGUAUUGAGCCAACAAUUCAGUAAUUAUGGCAAUGAACUUUUUUGUAACACAAAACCAAUUUAUACAUAAUAUUAAUCUUAGUUUUUAAAUUACCAUGUAGAGGCAGCACCAUUGUUCAUUGAAUUCCUUUUAAUAGUUAAUUUAUAAAAGAGAAGAGUAAAGUGGCCUAUAUAUUAUUUCCAAAAUUGCUGUCUAGCCUAGUACAGUUGUACGACUAGAUUGCU